GUCACGGGCAGAGUUGGGUGCCAAUUCAGCCGCCUAUUUCGGCCAGCCACCUGGAUCUAGGGCCUCCUCAGGAGCAGCCACCCCCGUCAGGAAGAUCUCGGCCCACGAGUUCGAGAAGGGCGGCCUCCUAAAGCCCAUGGUGACCACCAUAGACGGGACGCCCACCUUCCUCUCUCCUGCCGCGGCCACUGAGAAUGUCGCUAUCCUAGCCAAGGUACGCCGGAAAUCUCGCACGGAACUCAAAGGCCUGGAUGAACGGCAGCUGAUCUUCGAGCUGGUGAAGGACAUCUGUAAUGACCUGGACGUGAGAUCCUUGUGUCAUAAGAUCCUACAGAAUGUCUCCAUCCUUACCAGUGCCGACCGCUGCUCCCUCUUCCUAGUGCAGGGCGACAAGGAGUCAGAGAACCGGUGUCUGGUCUCCACGCUGUUCGACGUCAACCCGGACUCGACGGUGGAGGAGAUGCAGGAGAAGGAGGAGAUCCGUAUCCCUUGGGGCAGCGGAGUGGUGGGGUACACUGCCCAGUCCGGCGCCAUGGUCAACAUACCUGAUGCUUACCAGGAUCCUCGCUUCAACCCCAACAUAGAUGGAAUGACAGGCUAUAAGACACGCUCCAUGCUGUGUAUGCCUAUCAAGGACAGUGCUGGAGAAGUCAUUGGCGUUGCCCAGGUGAUCAAUAAACAUCAGGGUCAGGUCUUCACAUCAACAGAUGAAAAGGUGUUUGAGUCCUACUUGCAGUUCUGUGGAAUUGGCCUCAGAAAUGCCCAGCUCUAUGAACGUUCUCAGCUAGAGGUCAAACGGAAUCAGGUCCUUCUAGAUCUAGCGCGGAUCAUCUUUGAGGAGCAGAGCACAAUAGAGCAGAUGGUGUACCGCAUCAUGACACACACACAAAGCCUCUUGCAGUGUGAACGGGUUCAGAUUCUUCUGGUACAUGAAGCAUCUCAGGGAACUUUCUCACGGGUAUUUGACCUGGAAGUGAAGGACCUGCAGGGUGAUGAUGCGGAGAGCCGCACUAGUCCCUUUGAGUCUCGAUUCCCCAUCAACGUUGGAAUCACCGGCCACGUGGCCACAACAGGAGAGACUGUGUGCAUCUUAGACGCAUAUCAAGAUUCCAAAUUUGAUCCCUCGGUGGACGAGCUCACAGGAUUCUGUCAUCGGUCUAUUCUUUGUAUGCCAAUAAGAAACACUGCAGGGAAGAUUGUGGGUGUUGUACAACUCAUCAAUAAGUUUGAUAAUCUUCCUUUCACUAAAAAUGAUGAAAAUUUCCUAGAAGCCUUUGCUAUCUUCUGUGGUAUGGGCAUCCACAACACACACAUGUAUGAAAAAGCAAUUACUGCAAUGGCCAAACAGAAGGUAACAUUGGAAGUUCUUAGCUACCAUGCUGCAGCGCCCAGAGAUGAAGCUGUCCGACUAAUGAAAUUGAAAGUACCAUCUGCACAAGCAUUCAAAUUAUAUGACUUUAAGUUUGAUGACUUCAGCCUUGAUGAUGAUGGGAGCUUAAAGGCAUGCCUGAGGAUGUUCCUGGACCUUGAUUUAAUCGGAAGAUUCCACAUAGAGUACGAGGUGCUGUGCCGGUGGUUGUUAAGUGUCAAGAAAAACUACCGUAAUGUAACUUACCACAACUGGCGGCACGCCUUCAAUGUUGCCCAGAUGAUGUUUGCCAUUAUCACAACUACACAGUGGUGGAAGGUCCUAGGUGAACUGGAAUGUCUGGCCCUCCUGGUAGCUUGCCUCUGUCAUGACUUGGACCAUCGUGGCACAAACAACUCCUUCCAGAUCAAAGCAUCCUCUCCUCUGGCCCAGCUUUAUACAACAUCAACAAUGGAACAUCACCACUUUGACCAGAGUGUGAUGAUCCUCAAUUCAGCAGGGAACCAAAUUCUUAGUAACUGUACUCCUGAUGAAUAUUCAAGGGUAAUUAGUGUCCUGGAGGAUGCAAUCCUUGCUACUGAUUUGGCUGUGUAUUUCAGAAAACGUGGUGGAUUCUUUACUAUGGUUAAAGGAAAUCAGUACGACUUUAUGAGAGAGGACAACAGAGCACAGCUUCGUGGCAUGAUGAUGACUAUAUGUGAUAUCGCUGCCAUUACUAAACCAUGGAUGAUCCAGAAACAGGUUGCUGAGCUUGUUGCUGGAGAGUUCUUUGAACAGGGAGACAUAGAAAAAGAAGAGCUAAAUAUAACUCCUAUUGAUAUGAUGAACCGGGAGAAGAAGGACAAACUGCCAAUGAUGCAAGUUCUCUUUAUUGACUCUAUCUGUUUGCCAGUGUAUGAGGCCUUUGCUGACUUGACCCCAGAAUUAAAGCCACUGCUGGAUGGGGUCUUAGACAACAGAAAUAAUUGGCAAAUGUUGGCUGAGGGUUCAGUUAACAAUGACAUGCCAACAAAUAAUAACAACAAUAAUAAUAACAACAAUAACAUCAAUAGUAGUGAUGCUGAAACAAAUACAGAAAAUGCAACAACCACUGACUGAACUAUUUUCACCUGAAAAGAAUUUUAUUUACAUAGUUAGAAACGAAACAAAAAUUGCCUCAAAUAUUGGUAAUACAAAAUGCAAUUACGUACCGGUAUUAAUAGUGAUUGUUACCAGUCGGAUUCAUUUGAGAUGUGAAUGGCUCUUUGAAAUUGAACAAUUCAUAAGUCUUAAGUGCUUAAAUGAAAAUUAAAUGAGGGGAUGACAGAUAACUAUAUUAGAAUUUCACCUAAGUGUUCAAAACAUCACCCUAGGUGCUAGAAUAAUACCAACAAUGUGUGUGAUAUUCACCUUACACUAAGAUAUCUGUUCAAAUUGAGAGGAUGGCACAUGGCCAGAUGGGUGAAGAGUGAGUUCAAGAAGUUGUGUUCAUUAUAAGUGACUGUUUGGAGGAGUGAUGGAUGAUUUUCAUUAUAAUGUCAUCAAGAAAUGAUGUGUUCACUGUAGUCUGUCAUAUGUAAUAAUGUUCAUCCUCUGUGAGGUGUUGGAAGAAUUGGACUGUUGAAUUACUACAAUUCAGUACACAAACUUUCAGUGUUUGAAAUUAUAGUGCAGUACUUAGUGGACAAGUUAUAUUCUACAAGGAAGAAUCACAACUCAGAACUUUAUGCAAAGUUCAGUGAAAUAGAAAAAGAGACAUCCUAAAGCCUGAGUUUGUGGUGCAGACAUUUAUCAGAAGGUGCAGAUAAAAUAAAAGUUAUUACAUAAAACAAGAAAGAAUGCUGUUGAUAAGUUGAAUGGGUAUCAGGCAUGUCUUGUGAUUUUUUUUUAUGUAUAUUAAACACUUUCUCUACCACAAACCUUGGUGUGUGUGGUAUACCUUUACCACAGUUUUGGUUGUCAGUAAAGACUGAGGUUAAUCAGUCUUGAAUAUUCACUGAUAUCAUUCAGGUAUUAAAGAUAUGAUCAUAUAUCAUGGAUAUAUGAAGUUUUAGUUUGCCAAGUCAUAUUUUUAAUUACUCUGUUCUUUCCUAUUCAUUUCUUGGCAAGCUAGUGCACAAUAACAAUUUCUAUUAGGUUUACACAACUACUGAUAUUGUCAGGUUACUGUUUCUCUGAAGUCUUACAAAUCAGGGCACAGGAACAAGAUAAUAUAAGCCCAUUGCACAGAUCAUGUACAGUAUAUGUUUAAGAAAUAAAACAAACAUAAGGAUUUAAAAUUU